UGUCAUUUCACCUGGUGUAUUCAGGAUAAGGAGGAGAUGAGUGCGGCAUGCUUCCUGCAGACUCUGGAUGCCAAGGUGCAGCACACGGGAUACCGGAAUCGGAGCAUCUACCUCGCCAUGAGGGCACAUCUGCAGCAGCUGCAAGGGACUUACACAGAGGCUCUGGGCAGUCUCCGAGAAGCAGAGACGGUGCUCAGAGAAGAGCAUCCCACCAACUUCUCCCGCCAUGCCCUGUUGAUUUAUGGGAACUACGCCUGGAUUUAUUAUCACCUGUCCAAUUUUGAGAUGGUGGAGCUCUACCUGGGCCGGAUCCACGAGAUCUGCCGAUCCCUGUCCAGCCCUGAGCCGUACUCUGUGCAGAUCCCUGAAAUCUAUGCUCAAAAAGGCUGGUCCCUUCUGGCUGUGAGUUUCCAGUAUGGAGAAGAAGCCAAGAAGUGUUUUCAAAUGGCACUCCAAGGAGACAAGUCCAACCGGGAUUUCCAAGCCGGUCUGGCGAUCUCCAUUUUUGCCACCUGGACACAUUCUCAGAGAAGCGACCACUGGGAAGAGGCGAAAAGGUUGAUUGAGAAAAAUCACCGUCGCCAUCCCCUAAACGAUGAACUCAAAGUCCAUUUGGCAAGCUUGCUCGAGAAAAUAGACUGGCAGAGGGCAGAAAGACUUGUGGAGGAAGUUGUUCGGAGCAGCCUUGACCCCGAGGUCCUGAGGAAGGCUGCCCAGGUGUGUGGGCAGAGCUCCGUCUCUCGAGCCAUCUCCGUUUUGCAGUAUGGCCUCACCUUAGCUCCCAGCUACCACCUCCUGCAGUACGACCUGGGCGUCUACUACAAGGAGCAGGCGGCGGAGGCACCACCGGGGGAGAGAGAAGAGAUCUUGGCAGCUGCUAAGGAGAGCUUCAAGCGGGCUGUGGAAAUGGAUCCUGAGUCUGUAUUUUCCAGGCUGGAACUGGCUCAACUGUAUAUUGAAAAGGACCCAGUUUAUGCUGAAGAGAUUUAUUACACCCUGAAGAGCGAACUCCCGAGAUUCAGCGAUCGCUGCCAGCUGGCCAUCUAUCUCCACUGUGGGGACUUCCUCCUCCAAAGGAGGGGGCUGAGGCAGGAGGCGCUGGAGAUGUACGAGGCAGGCUUCACCCUUCCCGGCGGCCACCACAAGGAGUGGCAGCAGCUGCGGAGCAGGCUGAAGGCGUUGGCCGAGGUGUUUGAGGAAGACUCCAAAACAGGCUGCAUUCCUUCCUGCUACAGUAGCUCCUUGGAGGGCUAG